GUUGAAAUCAGCUGAUUUUUGUUUACAAAAUAUUUACAGUGUGUCGUGUUUGCAGGAGUUUCUAUGUCCCUAGUAAAUUAUGGCAAUAAAGGACACAGAACUCAGAGCUAACUUCCGCAAUUACCUCAAUCGGCGCGAUGGCUUUCGGGAUUUCCCAAAAAUAUCAAGGCCAAAGGUGACAGGAACAUUCAGUAUCGAUAGGAAUCGCAAGUACAAGGACUCCCUGGAACAAAUGAACUACUUCUUCUAUCCGGGUGAGAGAGUUCACUGGGACCUGAAUGUUGGCUAUGAGAUUUUCGAAGGAAAGCCUGAAAGUGCAAAAUUGGAGAAAAUUGAUCACAUUCUUGAGUUUAUCAUGACGAAUUGGACGAAAGUUGCAUUACCGCCGAAUCAUCCUGAGAGGAAGAAGAGAUGUCUCAAUCCGGAGAUUAUUUGUUUUCGUGGGUGUCUGAGACUCCUCAUGUGUACUCCGUAUGAAGCAACUGAUAGAAAUGACGGAUGGAUAAUUAAUGUCUCAAAGUACAAAGGAACAAUUUACCUGUGUGCAGAGGAUUCUCCGGAAAAGAAAGCAAGGGUGCUCAAUGAGACCGAGGACAUGAAGAGAUGGGCAUAUUAUGGCUACAAAUUUGAACAGUACAUCCUGACCAAGGAGCCCAAUAAGCCCAAUGACAUGACACAGCCUGUAAUACAAUCGGAGGAAUUUGCCGUGGCGUUUCAAUCAUCCUUUGCCAACCAUAAACUUCUAUACAUUGCUGAAACUGAUGGAAUUAUCUCCGACAAACCUUUGCCACAGGAUGCAGACCUUUCAAAGAUUCCCAUUGAAUUUGUUGAGGUGAAGACAAUCAAACGCCAGGAGAAUCGACAUCAAGAGCGAAAUUUUCGAAAGUACAGGCUAAUGAAUAUUUGGAGCCAAUCAUUCCUGUGCGGUAUUGAGAAUGUCUUCAUUGGCGAGAGGGAUCCUCAGGGUAUUGUGAACAGGAUUAAUAGGAUGCAAGUCAGCAGUAUGCCCAGAAUUGCGAGGGAUGAAUGGUGUGCGGCAAUUUGCAUGAACUUUUGCAUAAAAUUCCUGGACAUGUUGAAAGUUCUCCUAAAGAAUGUAGAUGAUCCCGACACGGUGUACAGGUUUAGCUUUAAUCCACGAGUUAGUGGACGUAUUCAAUAUGAAGUAUUCCCACGGAAGACUGAAUAUUCUUUCCUACAGCCAUGGUUUGUGGAUUUUGUCAAUAAACAUCAAUCUGCCCCAAAAAAGUAAAAAUUUUCCUUUAACGACCUUAUUUUUAAAUCAAACGGCUAAAGAAACUUUAAGGGUUUAAAGGGAAAAAUUGAAAUGAGAGGAGGAAUUCCUAAAGUGUUCUUAAGGUUCCUUAAAAAAAAUAAAAAGUUUUAAUGAAAAAAUUAAAAUUCUUAAGUUUUCUUGAGCAAAACUUAAGAUUUCUUAAAUAAAUCGAGCUAAUUGAUUAUUUUUUUAUGAUUAUUACGAAUUUCGAUGAUCCAAGGUGAUCAGAUAAAAAUCAUCAGAAAAUAUUCAUUUACCCCGAUUCAGCCUGACUGAUGAAAUCUUAAGUUUCUCUUAAGGAAACUUAAAAAUAAUAAAUUUUUAUUAGGAAUUCUUAAGUUUUUUUUAAAAGAAUCUUGAAAUCUUAUGAAAACUUUAGGGAUUCUUAAGAAAAAUUUAAAAAUCUUCAGAAAACUUUAAGAAUCUUAAGGAAAGUUAAGACAUUUUUAUGAAAACUUAAGUCUGUCUGACUAGUGAAUUUCAUCGCCAGUCUUCGUCAUUGGGGCUUUUUUUUUUUUUAAACCAGGAGUUUAAAAAAAAACUUAAUUCUUCUUCCAGAGCUUUUCUCAAUAGCUGUAAUUUCUAUUUAAAAUAGUCCGAAUUGAUCAGCUAAUCAAACCUCUUAUUUUUUUGGUUUCAUCAACAGAUUCUUAUUAUAUUUGUAUUUAAUUUUUUUUGUUUUAUUAUCAUGGAAACAUUUUAAUAAUAAUAAUAAAAACUGUAGGCGUGGGAGGAAUGAAUAAAAAUUAAACAAAA